AUGGCUUUCAACUUCGGAGCGUCCAACCCCGCUGGGGGAAGCGCCUCUGCGGAGCUUGGUCCAGAGCUUCCCGAUGUCUUUACCGAUGAAGUCGGUUUCAAAGGCGUAUCCGGGGACGCAAAUAUCCGCUUCCUCCCAACGGCAUGGCCCGACGACGCGCUGCCUGCUCCUACUUCCUCACUUCUGGCUGUCGCACACACCAAAGGCCUCAUUGUUGGCGCUGGCCCAGAUGCGCUGGUAAUCAGCACCGCUGAUGUCGUUAGAAAGUCCAUUGAGGCACCGGCUGGAGAAGAUAUGGAGAAAACGAAGCCCUUCCAACCCAUCGCCACAAUUCCCCUUCCUUCUCGUCCCACUCAUGUGGCAUUUACACCGGGCGACGAUGGCCUGAUUCUAGCCACGGAGAAUGGUGUCACAAUCUCGGUUUUCGAUACCAACACCCUCACACAAGGAAAUGCGCAGCCGGCGAUUUCAAUUCCUACGAAUGGCGUGUCGCUACGAGCACUGACACCAAACCCCGACCCUUCCUCGACACUCGUCGCGCUAGUGACAGUUAACGGGGAGCUUCUUAUCGCAGACCUUAAGGCUGGGAGCCUAGUUCCUGGACCUAAUGGCCCAGUUCUCAAGGAUGGUGUCAGCUGUGCUUCAUGGAGCAACAAAGGAAAGCAGCUCGUUGCUGGGUUAGCCGAUGGCACUGGAUACCAGAUGGCCCCAGAUGGAACGAAGAAAGCUGAAAUUCCUCGGCCAUCUGAUUUGGAGGGAGAUUGUCACAUUUCAUCAAUCGCAUGGCUUGAAAACGAUGUUUUCUUUGUCACAUACACUCCAAAUGCCGCAGAAGAUGAUAUGGGAAUGAACCCAGCUUCUUCAUACUACAUCAUAACCCGUCGCAAGCAGGCACCAUUCCUCAUCCAGAAAUUGCCAGAAGUCUGCUCGACUAUGGGCUUUAUGUUGAAGCGUGGUCCCGCAUUCCAAUUUAUCACCAGAAUUAGAGAGUACAAGCCUCACUUGAGAGAUGUCCUGAUCGUCGCGUCAACUGCGUCGACUGAUCUCGGACUCAUCACGCGAUCUGACCAACCUCUGGCCAACGAUGAGCGAACCAAAUCUCAUGUUGGUCAGUUCAUGACCACAGAAGUUAGCGACGACACCAAACGUGCCAGUGUCCCGUUGAAGGACUCUGGAGAUGAGACAUCGGUCAUUGGUCUGGCACAAAACCUCUCAGCCACGGAAAAUGUCGUCGCACCGCUUCCGGGUUCCGAUAUCUUGGAGAGCUCGACGCCCCUUCCCGGGGUUCUUCUUUUGAAUAAUGAUGGUAUCCUUUCAUCUUGGUGGUUUGUUUACGCUGAUUCCAUUCGCCAAAAUAUCCCGUAUUCGGGAUUGAUUUCGUCCGGCCAGGCAACCCAAGCUCCGUCUCAGCCACAGGCUAUAGCUCCAACCCCGGCCGCUGCCCCUACACAGCAACCUGCAUUUGGCCAGUCAGGGUUUGGAAGUUCGUCGCCGUUUGGCAAGCCAGCUUUCGGAAAGCCGGCGGGAGCCCCUGCCUUCGGUAGCCCAUCAGCCUUGGGAGCUUCGACUAUGGGCGCGACCGCUUUUGGGAAGCAAAGUGCUCCGGCAUUUGGAAGUCCGUCCCGGCUUGGUGGAAGCCCUUCCCCGGCCUUUGGAAAGCCAUCGUCACCGGCCCCUGGUCCCACAUUUGGGACCCCCUCUCAGCCUGGUGCAUCAUUCGGCACCCCCAGUACCCCUGGACAGCCACAGUUCGGGAAGUCUGGAUUUGGCGCUAUGGGAUCUGGACUUGGACAGUCUAGCUCCCCGGCAAACCCAUUCGGAGCCAAGGGUGCGGCAUCUAGCGGUGGUGGCUUCAGCUCCUUCUCCGGUGGAGGCGGCUUUAGUGGCUUUGCAACAGCGAAGCCGGGCGAGUCCCCAUUCGGAGCGAAGAAAACAAGCGAGUCACCAUUUGCAGCGAAACAGCCAAGUGAGUCACCCUUCGCAGCAACACAACCAAAGGCGUCACCAUUCGGAACCGCCUCUGCUGGUGAAAGUGCUUUCUCCAAGAGCUCUGCCUCGCCCUUUGGGGCUAAGCCUCAAGCCCCUACCUCGUUCCCACCUCCAGCGUCCAGUGAAGUCAAGAAUCCCUUUGGUGCUCCAAAAGGUGGGUUUGAACUCAAGUCUACCUUCAAGGGCGAUGGCUCGGCUGUCAAUGAUGGGCCAAAGUCAGACAAACCUUCUGCCGGAGCGUUCUCGUUUGGUGGCUCCUUUGACGAAAUGGUGUCGACGCCCCGCAAGGGAAGCUCGUCGCCGAGUGAAUCAAUGGAUGAUGACGCUGAAGAUAUCGAGCCUGUGAAUAAGGAGACAUUCUCAAUUUUCGGCGGGGCAAGCAAACCUGCUUCACAGACCCCCCACCUCAAUACUACAAAGACGACCACUUCGACCGAGAAUACCAAGUCGCCAUUCUCUAUGUUUGGCGCCACUGUUGACCAAAACCGCGUGACCAGCCCGUUGUCAGCGCUACCUGAUAAGACCGAGACACCCAAGAAGAAUUGGUCCAACACAUCUAGUAUCGACGUGGAGGCGCCAUUACCACCAGACCCUACCACCCGGGCUAGUUAUGCAGCUGGAGAUACUUCUGCUUCUUAUAACGUGUCGAAGUGCUCCGCUGAGGAUGCCCCGCUUCCUCCUGAUUUCACCAAGGUGAAGAAUCUGCACCCGCGACGGACGACGCUCCUCUUCCUCCCGACUUCCUCACCCAGAAAAAGGCAGCUCCGAAGACGGACGAUGCUCCUCUCCCUCCCGACUUCCUUACUCAAAAGAAGACUGCCCCAAAGACGGAUGAUGCUCCUCUCCCUCCCGACUUCCUCACUCAGAAGAAGACUGCGCCCAAGACGGACGACGCCCCCCCUUCCUCCCGAUUUCCUUACUCAAAAGAAGACUGCCCCAAAGACGGAUGAUGCUCCUCUCCCUCCCGACUUCCUCACUCAGAAGAAGACUGCGCCCAAGACGGACGACGCUCCCCUUCCUCCAGACUUCCUAGCGAAGCCCAAAAAAUCCGAGACUGCAGUUGUCCCCGAAGAAGCACCUCUCCCGCCUGACUUUACGGCAAAGCCAAAGACCAAACCUGUCGAGGAGGCAGUCCCAAUCCCGGAUGAAUCGGAUGAAUCUGGUAUCUCUGAUGGAGACUCCGAGGCCGCAGGCGAGUCAGACUUCAGUGACAGCGGCGAAGAAAUCACACACGACGAAGCAUUCAUUGCCAAGCCCAGGCCAUCAGCACAGAGCUCGUUUGGUGCUGUUUCGGAGCAAAGCUCUACCGGAGGAUUCUUCAGCAGCCCUGCUCGAAAUGCGGAUGACAAAAGCCGCCUUCCCCGGCAGCUGUUUGGGGAGGUCUCUAAGCAGCCGCUGCUUCCUCCCCCGGGCCCUAUUUCCCAGGCUAAUCGUGAGCCCUACCGGUCACCGAGUCCGGUUCGGAUCGGAGGGAAAAAGAACGUGUUAUUUUCCGAGAAACCACAUACCCGUAAGGGGUCCACAGGCGCGUUGCACUCGCGUAAGGCAUCUCUUACACAAAUUGCCAAGCGUGAUGGCCACUUGAGAAAGGCUAGCGAUGUUGCUCGCGAGGAGCAAGAGAAGCAAGCACGCGCACAUGCAGCAGCUCAACUUCAGGAAGAUGAUGUUCUAUCGUUAUCAGAUGACGACGAGGAUGAUAGACUUCGGGAUGAACUGGCUCAGCCUGUUGAGCCCGUUGAUACUCUGGAUCCAUUCUUACCCCACCAAAACUACAUGGGCGAGACUGCGAAGCCAGGUAUUGCCGGACAGGUCGAACGACUCUAUCGUGACAUCAACUCCAUGGUAGAUACAUUGGGAAUCAAUGCUAGGUCAAUGGCCGGAUUCCUUCUGCACCAGCAGCCCAAGCAACCCUCUGAUAUUGAUGGAUGGGUGAUGGUCCUUAACAGCGACCAGCCCGCUGACAUUCUCGACACAAAGAUGACCUUGAAGGAUAUUGAGAGAUUUGAAGAACUGAUUACUUCAAUUGCGCAAUCAUUGGACAAUCAACGGGUGCAGGGAGUGGAUGAAAAGCUCGAUGCAUGCCGUGACCUACUCACAAAGCAAGUUGUCACCCUGCGAGGCCAGUUCGCAAGCAUCCGGAAGACCCUUGAUGCACACACCGACAUCGGCGCUAUCCUCGAAGCACCACUUUCUGCCGAGCAAAGUGCACUCCAGCAUGAUCUGCGCACCACAUUCACGAAUAUCCAGGUCAAGAUGACCGCCCUUGAACAGGCAGUCUCCCUCCUGCGUGCCAAGAUCGCCGAUAUCCCGCAGGCAAAUGGCACAGGCAGGAACCGACCAACCGUCGAGGCUGUUACUAAGACCAUUGCUACAAUGAUGAGCAUGGCCGAGGGAAAGAGCACAGACAUCGAUGUUCUCGAGGCACAGAUGCGCAAGCUUGGCGUGGAUAUUGCUCCCACCGGACCCCCAAGCCGUGAGGCCUCCCCCUUCUCUACUCCUCGCAAGAACAUUGCUGGCCGUAUUCCCAUGACUCCCGGGUCGCGAGGCUCGGUUGACGGUAGCGCCUACCACACCCCCGAGUCCGCUUCGCGCGGUCUCAACUUCCGAGCCAGCAUCAAUGGCUCGGUGAGACAGAGCCGUCUCCGUAGCGUGGAGGGUGCUGGCGAGACUGCCAUCCUGCAAGAAGACGCCGUCCAUUACAAGGCCAAGAAGUCGCGUCGUCAGCACUUGAAUGCCAACUUGAAGAAGGCCUUCGAGGACAAGCAGGUCAAGGUGCGCGGCGUUGAUGACUGGUAG